ACGCCUUCGCCCAGGGGUAGUUGGAGCGGUGCAGGUUCCCAGGCUCCAGGUACUGGGCGCCUUACGAGCUGGGACGUGGCGCCUCUCACCCAGCUAAUUGCUCUCUAGUCCUUGGCCUUCACAGGUGUUGGUGCCUGCGGUGAACGCAUUCUGACCUGGGCCGUAUCUGUCUCCCAAGACUUUGUGCCUAUAGUUGGGGACAGAGUGAGGUCGUUGCCUUGACGACGACAGCAUGCGGCCCGUGGUCCUAAGUGUGAGCUUGCGGCGGACCGAGGCCCACCUGCCUCCCUGCCUGCUUCGCCCUGGACUCGUGACUGCGUCCGCAGAAGAAAUCACAACAGCGCUGGAAUUGCUAGUUUGCUAAGCAGCAUCUUUUGGACCUGCGAGCCAUAUGCAUUUCACCUCAAAUUUGUUUCCAAGUUGAAAACCUUUGGGUCUUUCUAUGCGAACGGAUUGAAGAAACGCAAAAAGUUUCUACUGACUUUAAAUUAAAAUGGAAAAAUAUGAAAACCUGGGUUUGGUUGGAAAAGGGAGUUAUGGAAUGGUGAUGAAGUGUAGGAAUAAAGAUACUGGAAGAAUUGUGGCCAUAAAGAAGUUCUUAGAAAGUGACGAUGACAAAAUGGUUAAAAAGAUUGCAAUGCGAGAAAUCAAGUUACUAAAGCAACUGAGGCAUGAAAACUUGGUGAAUCUCUUGGAAGUGUGUAAGAAAAAAAAACGAUGGUACCUAGUCUUUGAAUUUGUUGACCACACAAUUCUUGAUGACUUGGAGCUCUUUCCAAAUGGACUAGACUACCAAGUAGUUCAAAAGUAUUUGUUUCAGAUUAUUAAUGGAAUUGGAUUUUGUCACAGUCACAAUAUCAUACACAGAGAUAUAAAGCCAGAGAAUAUAUUAGUCUCCCAGUCUGGCGUUGUCAAGCUGUGCGAUUUUGGAUUUGCACGAACAUUGGCAGCUCCUGGGGAGGUUUAUACUGAUUAUGUGGCAACCCGAUGGUACAGAGCUCCAGAACUAUUGGUUGGUGACGUCAAGUAUGGCAAGGCUGUUGAUGUGUGGGCCAUUGGUUGUCUGGUAACUGAAAUGUUCAUGGGGGAACCCCUAUUUCCUGGAGAUUCUGAUAUUGAUCAGCUAUAUCAUAUUAUGAUGUGUUUAGGUAAUAUAAUUCCAAGACAUCAGGAGCUUUUUUAUAAAAAUCCUGUGUUUGCUGGAGUAAGGUUGCCUGAAAUCAAGGAAAGAGAACCUCUUGAAAGACGCUAUCCUAAGCUCUCUAAAGUGGUGAUAGAUUUAGCAAAGAAAUGCUUACAUAUUGACCCUGACAAAAGACCCUUCUGUGCUGAGCUCCUACACCAUGAUUUCUUUCAAAUGGAUGGAUUUGCUGAGAGGUUUUCCCAAGAACUACAGUUAAAAGUACAGAAAGAUGCCAGAAAUGUUUCUUUAUCUAAAAAAUCCCAAAACAGAAAGAAGGAAAAAGAAAAAGAUGAUUACUUAGGUGAAGAAAGAAAAACACUUCUGGUACAGGGUACCAAUGCUGAUCCCAAAAUUAAGGAUUGUAAACUAUUUAAAAUAAAAGGCUCAAAAAUUGAUGGAGAAAAAGCUGAAAAAGGCAGUAGAGCUUCAAAUGCCAGCUGUCUCCAUGACAGUAGGACAAGCCACAACAAAAUAGUGCCUUCAACAAGCUUCAAAGACUGCAGCAAUGUCAGCGUGGACCACACAAGGAAUCCAAGUGUGGCAAUUCCCCCACUUACGCACAAUCUUUCUGCAGUUGCUCCCGGCAUUAAUUCUGGAAUGGGGACUGCGACUAUACCAAUUCAGGGUUACAGAGUGAAUGAGAAAACUAAGAAGUGUUCUAUUCCAUUUGUUAAACCAAGCAGACAUUCCCCAUCAGGCAUUUGUAACGUUAAUGUGACCACAUUAGUCUCUAGUGAAAAAAGCCUCUUUUGGGCAAGUAAGAAAAGAAGAGAAUACUCCAGGACAGAUGUCCAUUUGCCUGAACUAAACUAUAAUCAUCUCCCUGAACUAAGAGCAUUGGAAGGCAUAGCUCGAAAUUCCAGGCUAACAAAGAAAGAGAGCAAAAUUCUUUCAGAAUCUCGAAUUCCUUCUCUGGCUGCUAUUGACCUGCACACCCCCAGUAUUACAUUACAUCAGGUAUCAGGACCUCCCCUGUCAGAUGAUUCAGGGGCUGAUUUGCCUGAAAUGGAACACCAGCACUGAGAACCAUUUUGGUUCUGAACUGGGUCUUUUCAAGGCCCUGGGAGAGUCUCUGCAAUGCAUUCAUUUGAGUUAAUUCAUGUUGGGCAAUGAACAACUAAUUCAUGCAAACUGUGUAAACUGCGGGGUCUGCAAAACUUGGAUGCGUUUUGUCAAAAUUAGUCAUUAUUUGCAUAAAAGGAGAUACGUGUUACACAUGAUAGUUUUUUUUUUUUUUUUUGAGAUGGAGUUUCGCUCUUGUUGCCCAGGCUGGAGUGCGAUGGUGCGAUCUCUGCUCACUGCCACCUCCACCUCCCAGGUUCAAGUGAUUCUCCUGCCUCAGCCUCCUGAGUAGCUGGGAUUACAAGCAUGGGCCACCAUGCCUGGCUAAUUUUUUUGUAUUUUUAGUAGAGACGGGGUUUCUCCAUGUUGGUCAGGCUGGUCUUGAACUCCCAACCUCAGGUGAUCUGCCUGCCUCGGCCUCCCAAAGUGUUGGGAUUACAGGCGUGAGCCACCGCACCCGGCCAUACGUAUGAUUGUUUUGAUUGGUAAUUAUUCUAAAGAUUGUCUUAAAAAUUUGCUUUUGAUACAUCUAAUUGAAAUCUAAGGUUUUCUUAAACUACAUAGUACCCACCAAUAUUAUCAAUAUAUACAAUGUGAGAAAGCAAGUGAAAUAGAAAUUAAUUUUUAGAAAGAUUUUUUGUAAAAUAGUUGGUGGUAUACCCUCCUGUGCUUUUAGAUGAUGCUCUUGCACUUGAGAUGACAUCUUCUUGCAGCAAGAGUGCUGAUAUCCCAAGAGGAGAGAUUCAUGGUUUUGAUCAUUUCCUCCUGAACUGCCUGCAUUUUCUGAGGAAGGCCUUCUAGAAGAAGGAAAGACAAAGACUUCCAAAUGUUUCAAAGGAAGAUUGAACAAAUGGCCCUCCCCAACUGUUAUCCCAUUACCUUUCACGUCCACCGAUGCUAUUUCAAGAUAUAUCCAGUAGAAUAACGGUGAUAUGGUUCUUGUUACAUGAAUGUGUAUUUAUUGUUAAGAGAUUGUAUAUUUUAAGUUACCCAUGAUUAAAAGUGUGUAAAAAAGGGGGACAGAGAGAACUAUUAUAAAAGGCCAUGUUACUCAUGCACUGAACUUUGUGUGUUUUCUGUAUAAAUGUGUACAUUUAUUUAGGAGUGGGUUUGGUAAGGUAGGUGAUAAAAAUUAGGAUCAGUUGAAGAAAAUUGAAGAAACUAGGAUCAGUAAGAGAAACUGUUUGCUUUACUUGAAUUUAACUAUGAAAACACACUUAACAAUCUUACACGUUUCUAGAUAUUAAGGGAAUAUGUAACUCCUGUCCAUGGGUAGAUGUGUAUCUUUGGCUUCUGUAAUUAUUAUUGAUAUUCUGUCAGUGUAUUAUGAGACUCUGGCCUCUUUGCAGAUCUUCUAAGAACCACACUAAUGCAAACUUGACAGAGAAACCUUCUCUUUCGAAUGACUUACUACAACUCUGGCAUUGGUUAGUUCUAUGUAUUAUAAGAUUCUGGUGCUAAUGCUCCAUACAGAAUUAAUCAGGACUGAUUACUCUUCUGUGGACCAAUUGCUAUUGAACCACCCAGCUGAAGACGCUUUGGGGAGAGAAUGUUCAUUAUUAUGGACUCCACUUUUGUCCCCUGGUAGUUUAAGGGUGAUACUAGAAUCCAGAGAAGUUCCUGUCUCCUUGUGGCCUCAAACACUUAGGCCUUCUGAAAAGCUUUUCACCAAUGUGCAAAAUCAUUUACCUGCAUUCCACACAUCUUUUCCAAUGCAUGGAUCCAAAACUUUUUAGGUGGGAGGAAUAAACACUAAGUUGGCUACAGGUUCUUGAUUUCUGGGUUUCUAGACAUGCUCUGCGUUUAUCAUUUUAGAGAAUGGUUGUUUAGGGAACCAGAAUUUGUGUGAGUUUUGUUUUUUUUUUUGCCUUAACCAAUUAAUAGUGUGUUGCUUUUUUUCCAAAGCCAUUGACUAGAACUUAGCUGAAGAAUUUAACUAGAACUUUUCUUUACUACUCUGAGGAGCUUAAUAUUGAAAUUCUGACCUUGGAUAUUUAAUCCUCAAAAGAGUAGGACAUUCAAGAGGAGGCAAAUAAGGGGUUUCAAUGUACAAGUCUAUAGGUGGUGGUUAAAUUAAAAUUUGGUCUGGAUUUAAAAGCUCUACUUUUAAUCUGUGACCAGCUGUUUGACUACAUUAGUAUGGAUAACAUGCUGAAAAAACUAGGGUAUCAGCAUUAAUAGGCUGCAUAUUAAAACGUUACUAUUUUAUUUUUACUUGAAAAACACUGCCAAUAGAUUCUGCAGCAUGGCAAACAGGUAAUACUUAAAGCCAAAUGGUGCUUCAGCUUAUUUCAAUACCAUUUUUAUGUAAAGAUCAGUGUGAAAAUAUCAGCUCAAUGGUUAAGGUUCUAGGAUCAAUUACCUUGCAGUUUUUAUACUAGCUUUUGAUAUCUUUUGCCUAUUAAAACACCUUGUGAACUUUAGAAUUAAGGAACUAAAAAAUAUUUACUAUAAGUCCAAGUUACAACUUGAGGAUCAUAUCUAAUUAGAACUGUGGCAGAACUACUAGAAAAAGAAGAUUCCGCAAAUUGGUUUCAGUGAUUCUUGUUGAUGUAAUCAACAAGAUUACAUAAUCAUCAACAAUAAUAGAUAUUGAACCAAAAUGAUCCUUUUUUUAAGUUUAAGGUCAUUUAGUUUCGCUUGCAAGGAUAUGAUUUAGUCACACACUAAUAGGGAAUAUGUGUAUGUAUUGGUGGGGAGGAGUGGGCUUGCUGCGUGUAUGUAUGUUUUAAAAUUAAUAAAUAUUAUCUUACUGGGCUCCAUAGAUGGUUUUAAUUUAGAUUUAUUUAAUUAAGAGGCUAUAGAUAAUAUAUACACUACUGUAUCGUAUUUAAAAAAUAAGUUUUAAAUCUGUUAAUUCUUCUGGAAAACUUUGGAUGUAGGGAUGGCAAGCUAAUUUUCUUGUAUAGCUGGUGAUAUAAGCAGCAUGGUCAUAAAAUAACAUUUCUUGUAAAGACUAACUGGUAAAAGUUGUGACAGAACCUGGUUUUCCUUACUGAGAAUCCCUUGCUUGCUUACAAUAUCUGACUUCCCAUUGAAAUGGAACAUAGAAAAUGUGUUUUCUUAUGUGACUCUCAUUAUUGGUUCCUUUAUCUUAGUUGUGCUACAAUAUAAGGCUGGACCUGUAAUACACUAUGUAUCAGACUAGACUGAAAAAUGUGAUCGAUUUGUUUCCUAAGCCCUCCUCUGUAUAACUGAACCAUGGUCAGGGGAUUAGAGAAGCAACAGAGCACUGCUCCUAAGGCUUUAGGCUAGUCUUAGUGAAUUGGACUAAAUGGAUGUUUCUCUGUUGUUUUUUGCAUUAAGUGUUUUUGCACUAGAAGAGGGUGCUUAACACUCCUCUAUCUAUAUGAAUAAAAAAUUAUGUUCUCACA